CUAAAAUAUGACAUCAUAAUAUGUACGCUAUAGUGUAAAUGUAGUUAAGUGAUAUUACACGUGACUAUAUAGGGCUUCGUUACUGCUCAGGGACCUGGUCAUUGAAUAUUCAUUGAAAAGCAACGGGAGUUCUCGGUUUACGACGGAGUGCGUCUGUGCGCGUGGUGGGAACGGUAGCAAGAUGGCGGCGCUGAAGGAGGAGCAGUGCUACGGACUGUCCUGUGGAAGAGUGAGCAACGGUAGCAAUGUAUCCGUAUUUCACGUUAAACUCACUGACAGCGCACUGCGAGCGUUUGAAGGCUAUCAGAGCAGCAAGGUCUUGUCAUCACGACCAUUGAUCAGAUUUAAUGGAAACCAAGGGAAAAUUUCAAUACCACGGUCGGAAAAUUCCAGUGAACUGCAAACGUUCACUUUCUACCUGUCCCAUGUGGGCAGAGAUAACCCCCAGGGCAGCUUUGACUGCAUCCAGCAGUACAUCACCAGUGAAGGGAGUAUUCAGCUGGAUUGUUUGGGUGGGAUCCAGGACAAGAUUACAGUAUGUGCCACAGAUGACUCCUACCAGAAGGCCAGGGAAAAUAUGGCCCAGGUCGAAGAGGAGACUCGCAGUAGGAGUGCUAUCGUCAUCAAGCCUGGGGGAAGAUAUGUAGGUAAGAAGGUUCAGAUCCGGAAACCGGCACCUGGCCUCUCAGACGUCGCCCCGUUGCGGAGGACAUCUCGGCCUGUCAUCAUCUCUAGCAAUACGCUAAAGAAGGGCACAGCUCAGCACAGGCCGCUCCGGGAGCGCCUCACACACCUGCUGGCCCUCAAGCCUUACAAGAAGCCUGAGCUGAUCCUGAGGUUGCAAAAAGACGGCCUCUUGCCAUUAGACAAGGACUCCCUGGAUAGCCACCUGCAACAGGUGGCGAAUCUGAAUGGGAAAGACAACACCUUCACAUUGAAGGACUUUUUGUAUAAGGAGAUUCAGAAGGACUGGCCAGGCUACACAGAAGGAGACCAGCAGCUUCUUAAGAGAAUCAUGUUUAAGUACGUCAGAUGGGGAUCUCUCUCACGCCCCCCGGAUUUAUUCCCGCAAAACCUCCCCGCAAACGCAACAGCCCCAGUUAAUGGCAAGCUCAGCUCAACCAACGGGAGAGGGGAGGCAGGUGGAGCGCAGGCAGGUGAAGCGCAGGUAGGAGUGGCGGUUUCUAUGUCAGAAAGCGGCAUGACGUCCAGCUCCCAGCAGCUCCCCGUGCUGGACAUCCCACGUCCUUUCGAAGCACUUUCAGAUGUCAGCAAUGACUCCAGCCACAACGGGAGGGACUGUGACUCUCAGGAAACAGCAGUGUCCGAGCGGCUCAGCCAACCUCCUUCGUUGUUCUCGGGCUCAACGACGCUCAUCGGGCCCGGCAUCAGCACAACAUCUCCUGGACACGCAGGCGCCGAGGGCCCUCGGGACAAGAGUCCUUCAUCCUUCAGCAACAAGUCCAGGAAGAAGUCGAAAAAGCAUAAAGACAAGGAGAAAAGCAAAGACAAGGAGAGGGUGAGAGAGAGAGCGCAGGAGAAGGAGAAGAAGAGUCGUGGGGAGCGUGUGCCUGAGCCUAACCGAGCCUGUGGGAUGAGCCCAGGAAACCUCACGAGCAACAGUAUUCCACACAAAAGCACAGAUCUAAAUGGGAUGUGCAACAGUACCAGUAUUCCUACGUCAUCACCUGAAGUGGCAGACUAUUUAUCGAAGUACACGGUGAUCGGCUCUCCGGAGCAGCGUCAGAGGUAUAAAAAUGAUUUCAACGCAGAGUACAGUGAGUACCGGGGUCUGCAUGCUCGGAUAGAGGGCAUCACCCGGCAGUUCACUGUGCUCGACAAUGAGCUGAAACAGCUCCAUCAAGGCACAGACAAGUACAAGACAAUCCACAAUCAGAUACUUCAAGAGUAUCAUAAAAUAAAAAAGACUAAUCCAAACUAUAGCCAAGAGAAGAAUCGCUGUGAAUACCUACAUAACAAACUGGCAUAUAUCAAGAGACUUAUUGCCGAGUACGAUCAACAGCAACUUUAAAAGUAGUUAGUAGACAUUGUUUCCCUGUUGUCUCUGGAAACCAAGCAGAUAAAGGAAAACUCUGGAUUCCGCCUGUGCUAAAAAUAAAUAAAAAUGUUCUCAUGGAAGACGCCAUGAAAGGAG